AUGGCCAACUCCAUGCAUCCACUCUUGAUAAGCUUUUCGCUGGCCAUUCUCCUGGGUUUGACCUCUCUGGGUGGACUGAGCUCUCGGCCCUCAGGUCAGGCUUUGGCCCAGGUCUCCACCAACAACCAGACAACAGAGCCCACUAUCUUGACAGAGUCCGCCCUGGCCACACCCACACCAGACGCCGAGGACCAAACAGUUCCAAGCAGCGGUAACCGAUGCUGGGGUUACUAUGAUGUCAUGGGCCAGUGGGACCCGCCCUUCAACUGUAACGCAGGUAUCUACAUGUUCUGUUGUGGUUCCUGCUUCUACCGCUUCUGCUGCCAGUUCAAAGUUCACAGUUUGGACCAGACAUCCUGUUCCAACUAUGACACACCUGUGUGGGCUAACACCGGGAGACCAGCGGCACCCGUUACAGAGGUCCACGAGGAACCAGACCGGGAUCGGACCCACAUGAUCGUGUAUAUUAUUUGUGGAGUGGUCGCCAUCAUGGUGUUGGUCGGGAUUUUCACCAAGCUCGGGCUGGAGAAAAGUCAGGGCGGACAGACUGACAUGACCAACUCUAGGACUCUGACAGAGCUUUUGAAGCAGCCAGGGGAGGCAGGACCAGUGGAUGGAACUGGGGUUCAUCACCCUAUAGGGACCAACGGCAUCUCUGCCAGGUCACUACGCUCCAACAAUGAUCAUAACCAUUUGAACAACGCAGCCUUGUCUCCCCUGGGUCCAGCCAUGGCCUUGUCUCACCCUCAUAACAACCUGGGAAUUGGUUUCAACAAGUACAGCUCGCUCAAGGCCGUGGACACGGCUGCAAGAGACUACUAUAAGAGCUACCCUAUGGUAGAUUAUACCCAUCGCCAGUCCCCCCCCACUUUCCAGCCAAUCAACUUCCAUCCCAAGGACAAGCCCUUCCUCCCACCGCCCGACAUCCACGCGCCACUGGCCAUCACCAUCAAUGCCUCCCAAAUUCCCAAGCCUAAGAUCUCCAAGACCAACACCCACCCGCUCACCUCCAGCUCGGCCUUCAAAGCAUGGGACCCCAGUAAGAGCCAUGUCCCGCACCCGGCGGCCUCCCACAUGGGCCUCCAGGGGCAGCAGCAUCACCCCAUCCAGCAGCAGCAGCAUCAGCCACUGCACCAGCAGAACAGCCGUCGCCAGGCCUACUCCAACAAAAGGCAGUUCAGUAUCGAGACACUGCCCGAGCUCUUCUCGCAGCCACUGGGCUAUGGCCACUCGCCACGCAUGCACCCCAAGCACAAGGGACUGCCCACCAACAGCAAGACCGAAGUCACCGUCUGAACAUGGGGGUAAAUGGGUGAAUCGACAGACGAGGAGACAAAGGAAGUUGGAGUUGGAAGGGAAAUGUUAAGAUAUCUUUUAUAUCCACAGUCGUAUUGGUGAGACGGGGGCAAGAAAUAUCGUAUCUGGAAUUUUUUAACUCUGUAUUUUUCUCAUCAGUGUUGACAGUACUAAUAAUAAUGUGAGUGAUAUCUCUUUACUUUUAAGACCACUGGAUCUAAACAACAGCAGCAUCAGAUAAGCUGUGAAGGUGGUGCAUUGGCAGGUGCUGGCUGUGACUCUUUGAACCCAGCGGCUCUUCUAAAUAAUUGAGUGCUCUCUCAGUGUGUUGGCACAGCUCUGUCCUCCUUUUCCUCUCAACCCCCCUGCACUUCAACAAUACCACAUGCAAAUGUUCAAAUCCCACACACAAGACACUCUUUAGUCCACAAACUAACCCAGACUCCAAGGCUAUCAGUGAGGCUGGUAGGGGAGUGUUUCCCCUAAGACUUUGGCUUCCCAACAGCAGAGACAAUGCCAUUGUGUUGUCCGUUCCUGUUGCCCUCCUGCCCUCCGGGGAGUGAGAUAUCAGCCUGGCAAUUUAUACCGGGGGGGGUUCAUCUCAUUCCAGGGGAAAAUGAGAUGAGAAGGAUCGGAACCAUGUGCACACACCCACACACACACACUACACACUUGCCAACAACUACAAAAGGUUCCCAGCAGUGUCAGAGAACAGUGACGCACAGACACACACACUUUCUCUCCACACACUGAUCCUCACAAACUGGGAAAAUGAAUAAGCAAGCUUUCUGGUUAGUAUUUGUAGCAGUUUGUUGAGCAGCUAAAUCUAGCCACUGUCUAUUGUGUUGCUACAGAUGUUUAUCUCUAAAAAAAUCUUCAGAUGUGUCACAAUGCUUUAAA